GUUUAGCUGCUAAUUAAGCUGGUCAAUGAUUCACCAUCCUUUUGUGUAAUACAACGUGUAGUGUUGCUAGACAAUACCCAUAGCCCAUCGUACGUUGACCCCAUCUCGGACUUCCCCCGGCCAUCCGCUUUCUGCCCACAUUUCGGCACUCGGACCGUCCAGCGGAGAACAGACCGAAAUGCCUCAAUAAAUUCCACUAAUCGGACUUGCUGCGUGGAUCCAUGAUGCUGGGCUAAUGAGAGGCUUCAUUUUGAGCAAUUUCAAGAUGUGUGAGGGACUUUGGCUUGGAGAUGAGGCAAAUGAAUGACUGCAUUCGCAGUAGUGGUUCUCAAGUCUCCGCUCAACCCCGCAGUAGGCUGACUGCCUUUACUAUAUAAGAAGUCAUAUAAUGCGACAUCACUAUCACUUACCCCCCCAAAAAGCCAGUCUGCAGCAAUCCACAUAGCUGGCAACUCCCAACACACGUCAAUUACAACUACAACUACAGCUACGACUACAACAUGUCCAUACUCAUCACCGGAGCCAGCGGCUACGUUGGACAAGAACUCGCCGCAGCCCUCCUCACCACCCUCCCAUCAUCGACAGUAACACUCACGGACGUUGUUCUCCCCACGAUCCCCAAGAGCGCAGCCCAGCAUGCCUCCCGCGCACAAUGCAUCGAAGCAGACCUCACGAACCCAAGCGUAGUCGACAGCCUCAUCACCUCCACCAACCGCUACGACACCAUCUACCUCCUCCACGGUAUCAUGUCCAGCGGAUCUGAAGCGAACUUCGAACUAGGCAUGCGCGUCAACCUCGACGCAACCCGUUACAUCCUCGACCGCCUCCGCACCGUCACUCCCGGCGUCAAAGUCGUCUUCACCUCCAGUCUAGCAGUAUACGGCCUUGCACCACCAGGCUACAUCAUCAAUGAGAGUAACUUCCCCGCCGUGCCGUCCUCAUCGUACGGAUCUCAGAAACUCAUCAUUGAGACGCUGCUGAAUGAUUACUCCCGUCGCGGGUUCCUGGAUGGUCGUGCCGUCCGUCUCCCCACUGUUACCGUGAGGGCGGGAAAACCGACACAGGCGGCGAGUAGCUUCGCGAGUGAUAUUAUUCGGGAGCCGUUUAAUGGCCGGCCUGCGGUGUUGCCGGUUGCUAAGGAGACGGAGAUGUGGAUUUGUUCGCCGGCGACGGUGGUGAGGAAUUUGGUCAAGGCGAGGGAGAUUCCGGCGGAGAACUUUGGGGAUUCGAGAUCGGUCAACUUGCCUGGGUUGAAGGUUAGUAUUGCGGAGAUGUUGGAGGCGUUGGAGAGUAUUGGUGGAAAGGAGAGGAGGGAGUUGGUGGAGGAGAGGUAUGAUGCGGAUAUUGAUCGUAUUGUGCAGACGUGGACGCCCAAUUUUGAUACCAAGAGGGCGUUGGAGUUGGGGUUUGUGGGUGACGUGUCAAUGAGGGAGAAUGUGGAGAUGUAUGCGAAGAGUUUGGGGAGUGAGUAGGGCUGUAUUUAGUGGUGAUGAUGGUAGUAAUGGAAGUAUUGGGACUCAUUGUAUGGAGGUUAACUGCUUUGGGUCUAGUGGAGUCAUGUGAUAAGUAGUAAUUAUGGUGAGGAGGAUCAAAGUAGGAGAUGGGUAUCUGAUUGUUGAUGUCAUUUGAUGAGUAUAGACCCUGUUUGGAUUUAACUGAUGUUGUACACUUUUUGAAUGGCGGUCUCCAGAC